AGGCAAAGCGAAAGAAGGAACGCAAGACGCCCCGCUCUCUACCAUGUCGAGCAGCGGCAGCAUGCGCAGCCCGGGGCAGGGCGGCGCCAUCAGCAAGCGCUUUAACAAGGCGCGAAGACGCGGUAACAGCCAAGGGGAGGCUCUCUCCAGCGGUAGCGGCAGUACCUUCGGGGGGAUGAGUCCCGUGGGUAGCUUCGGUAAUCGUAACACCAUCAGUUUCGGCAAGACGGCGCUGUCCUCGUCGCCCGCGACGACUCCGGGACAGCACAUGAGCUCCAUCAAAGACGACGCGUCGGGCUUCGUGUCCAGUAAGACGGGGUUCCUCACAAAACGCGCCAUGUCGAGCAUGGACGCGUUCGCUAACUGGAAGGAGCGCUUCUUCGUGCUAGCGGAAGGCCAUCUGUCCUACUAUAAGCAAGGCGGAGGCUUCUUUAACACUGGCAAGGAGGACAUUGUCCAUCUGAAGAGUGAGCUAGAGCUCACGCCCGAUACGAUCGUGCGGAAGAGCAAUAUUGACGACAAAGCCAAUUGCUUCGAAGUGGUGACACCCACUAAGAAAAUGUUCUGUCAGGCCAGUACGGCCCGAGAGAUGGAAGAUUGGGUCAAGUCGGUACGAGCUCAUAUUAAUGCGCUUAAGAAGACCCAAAUGCGAGGCAGUUUCCACGACGCGCCACCUGUGAACCUCGGCGCUUCGGGAGGUCCGGGGGUUAUGGCAGGCAUGGGAGCAUUGCUGCAAGGUAGCUCCAUGGACACGGACUAUUCGCGUCCCAGUAUGCUGGAAGACCAUGAGAUCGUCCGUGGCGCUGACAAGUCGUCGGAUCCUAAGGACAUUGUGAUCAAGCAGCUAUUGGAAGAAAAUCGGACGUUGCGCGAGCAAUUGACGAUGAAAGACCAAGUGAUUCACGAGCUGGAAACCAAUGGAGGACGCUCUCUGGAAGCUCCAGCGGUGGGCGCAGGCAAAUUGAGAUCCACGGCGCCGCAGAUGAUUCUGGAUCUACGAGACGUGAAGAAGAAACAAUUCCAGCUUUUUGAUGCUGCUGAAGUGGGCAAUUGGCACUUGAUUGCCACGUUGCUACGGGAUAACGUGGUGGAUGUGAACGGCGUGGGGAUUAACCAGACGUCGGCGCUGCAUUUGGCUGCGCGGAACAAUCACCCGAAUGCAGUUAAGGAGCUGCUGGCGCGUGGAGCGGACCCGUCUGCACGUACGGGAGAUAGCUACACGGCGCUGCAUAUCGCAGUGCAAGCGGGCAACGUCGAAUGUGUCAAGGAACUCUUAGAUGCAGGAGCAGACCCGAAUGUGACGGACUACCAGGGUAACGCUGCCAUCCACAUGGCUGCUGAAUCAGGUGAUAUCCCCGCGGCGAAGCUCUUGGUGGCUCGUGGCGCUCGUAUUGAUGCGCCCAACGCGAGUGGUAGUCUCCCAGUGCACUUGUCGCCGAUUGGCCACCCGAUUCGUGUGCUUCUAGGCAGCGGAUCGAACUUAGCGGCGACGAACCCGUCGCAACCUCCCAAGCCACGCAACGAGAUGGCUGCGCGUGAAGGGAACGCGACGCAGGUUAGCCACUUGGCCUUUAAGAACAAGUACCAGAAGGAUCUCGCUCUAGGACCGCGUGAUUUCGAGUUCGUCAAGGUCCUUGGACGCGGUGCGUUCGCUAAAGUGUAUCUGGUACGCGGUAAAGGUUCGAACCGAGACAAGUGGUACGCUCUGAAGGCGUACAACAAGCAGGCGAUCGUGCAGAAGAACCAGGCGCAGUAUAUCCACACAGAGAAGGCAGCACUGCAAGCGUGCUCGGACCACCCGUACAUUGUGACGCUAUACUACGCGUUCCAGUCGCAGGACCGUCUGUUCCUAGUUAUGGACCUUCUACAUUGGCGAAUCGCGCUGGCGCUGUCGCAUCUGCACUCGAAGAACAUCGUGUUCCGUGAUUUGAAGCCAGAGAACGUCGUGAUGGACUUGGACGGCCACUGCCUGCUGACGGAUUUUGGUAUCUCGAAGGAAGGUAUCAAGGAUCACACGUCGGCCAACACGUUCUGUGGCUCCCCCAUGUACCUCGCACCGGAGAUGCUGUCGCGUUCUGGCCACGGCUUCGCUCUGGACUGGUACUCGGUCGGUGCUCUACUCUUUGAGCUGCUUACAGGCCUCCCGCCCUUCUACACGAACGACAAGAAGCAGCUGUUCCACAAUAUUCUACGUGGCCACUUGGUGAUCCCAGAGUACUUGUCGGCUAACGCGCGCGACCUUAUCCAGAGAUUAUUGCAUCGGGACCCCAAGCAGCGACUGGGAUCUGGUCCUACAGGGGACCGCGAGAUCUUUGACCACCCAUUCUUUGCCAGUGUUAACUGGGAGAAACUCAAGGCGCGUGAGCUGUCGCCUCCGUUCCAGCCCAAGAUCAAGAAGGACCCGUCUGGAGUGCCGGAUACCUCGAACUUCCCGCAGGCGUUCACGGACCAGGAGAUCUCGGAGAUGGAGCGCGGAUUCGACCUGAUGGACCCGAACGCCGCCCAGGUGCAGCGCCCCAACCCGAACGGACAUAAGGACGACAAGCGUCUGUUUAAGGACUUCGACUUCACCCCGGAGCUUCAACUGGACAACGAGGCCAAGCAGUUCGAGCAGCUGGCACUUCAACAGAGCAGCUUUAAGAACCUGCCGCCGCCAGCUCUUAUCGAGACAGACGAGUACAGCAUCUAGAUGCGCACCGGGAAAUAGUCAACGUCUGCUCAAGGAAGGCAGCCGACUGCGCCCUGCAGACAAGAGGAGAGUGUGUGAGCCCCCCUCCCCCUUUUUAAACAUGCCAGUGGACGAAGAAAUGAACGAAGAUAGGCAAAGGAUUCGUCAGGGUAGCGAAGUUGGAGUUUACAUGAAUGUAGGAGGACGCUCUUCGUGCUUGCCCUAAAGUGGGGAAAUCAAAUGACAGGACACAAAAC